AUGACUAACAAAUUCAUCGCUGGUGUUUCAGAUACCUCAAUAAAUCCGGCAGAACGGGAGCGUCUGGGGAUCCACGUGGAUUUUUCAUCUUUGACAAAGAUGGUGAUGCGUAAAUGGCAGAUAUUGGAAUUCGACGGCAAGCCUUAUUACGCCUUUGUACCUGAAGACGAGGAGCCAGUGAACAUAGAUACCAUCCCUAGCUCCGAAGACCAGCCCGAGUUUGAAUUGGAACCUCCAAGCCACUCUUCUGAGAUUAACUUCUUGCACCAAGACGCCGACCCAGAAGCUGAAGAGCAAAUCAAAGACUUCAACCUCCCAGUCCAAUGCAAAACCGAGGUUCUGCACCAGGAAGAAGAAAAUGAACACGAUAUGUCUGUAGAAAACGACGCUAGCUUCUACGAUUAUCAGUACGACGAUUCAAGUAUUAUGAACGACUCCGAGGAAGCUGAGAUGAAACCGAUAUUGAUUAACAAUAUUUGUGGAACGGAAGGCAAGGAAGCUACUCGGGUUGGAUCCAAGAGUGAAUUUAUUGAGGAGGAGGUUGAGGAAGUCGAAGGAAUUGAGGAAUGUGAAGGAGAGAUCGAGGGCGAGUAUGAGAAUGAAAAUGAAAAUGAAAAUGAAGGUGAAGGUGAAGAAGUUGAAUUGGAGGAAGAUAUUGAAGUGGAUGCGGAGGGUAAUAUUAUAAGCGAGAGUAUUACAGAAGAAGAGCAGGCUCAAGAAGUUCCUCAGUAUAUUGAAUUUGAUAGCAUAGACUCUCAGGUUAUUGAGUACGCUACUGAAAAUGAAGAAGAUGUAGAUGACGUUGGUGCUGUGGAAAAAUUGCAAGAACCUCAGGCUACAAUAGUUCCAGUAGGUGUCGCUACUAAGAACCACCGGCAAACUAGGUACCGACCGAUAUUACCUAAGAGCACGCCUACAUUCAGGUGCACGCUUUGUUCCGAGACUUUUCCUUCAAAGAUUGCCUUUAGGAAGCACGUGGCUUGGACCCAUAAGAAGAAAGUUUGCAUUCAGGAGGAUGGAGCCUAUGUUUGCGCGGUUUGUGACUAUAGAACGCUCAAAAAGAACCUUUUUGCUGCGCAUUUGGAACGGAAGCAUGAGACCUGGCCCAAGAAGGGUUCUAGCAAUGUAGACUUUCCUUGUGUGGUUUGUGGGUUUAAAUGUCGCUCUAAGCAUUCGCUGCAGUCGCAUUUUAUCAGGAAGCACACUGAUACUUUUGAACACCAGUGCAAGUUCUGUCCUAAGCAGUUUAAGGUCAAGGGAGACUUGACUAACCAUGUGAGGUUCCAUCACAAAGAGAAGCCUGUUAAUUGCACUGUUUGUGGAAAGCUUUGCCAGAAUAGCGGCUCUUUGUAUGUUCAUCAAAAAUGGGCGCAUUUUAAGCCUAAGUUUGAGUGCAAGAUAUGCAAGAGGAGAAUGGUUACUCAGGAGAAUUUGGAACAGCACAUGCUAACUCAGCAUGAAAAGAGGGAGAAGAUUGUUUGCGCGGAAUGCGGGAAGACUUUUACUAAAAAGGACUCUUUUAAGAGACACAUGGCGGUGCAUACUGGUAGCAAGCCUCACAAUUGCCCUAUUUGCAAUAAAGCCUUUGCUAGGCAGUCGCAAUUGCGCCAGCAUGUACUUAUCCACACGGGCAAGCGGCCUUUUGUGUGUGAUAUCUGUGGCAAGGCUUUCACCCAGAAGCCCGGGCUUAUUUGCCACCGCAAAACUCACCCCGGGUCUCAUCCCCCGCUGCCCGUUAUGCCUAUUGCGGAUCUUGUUAAGGAAUUCACUGCGGGGUAUUUGAUGGAGAACGGUAAUGCUAAUGAAAUUAAUGAAGAUGAAGUCGAGGCAAUCAGCUGGGUUUUGGGAGACGAGGAAGGUGAGGUGAUCUUAGGUAGUAUUCAUUGUUUUUUUAUUUUUACAUAUAUCGAUCAAAAAGAUGACAAGUCAUUGGUAGAAAAAUUCAAAAUGGCUGACCAAAAAUCACCAAAAACUCAAUAUUCAAAAAGUGCAAGCGCGCAGUUUCAAAAUGCAUCAGAAACCUCGACUCCCACAAAUUUAUUAACUUACUAUUUUUGCAAGACUUGCAAUAUCUCUUACGAGGGACUUCCUGGUGAUCCAACAACGGACUCAUUUAUCCGUACGCAUUCCAAGAAAUACAUAAAAAAUUCCAAGCCAAAAUGUCAUCCCGAAGAAAUGAUAAAAAUCUUAAAAUGUCAAUUGCACAAAUGUCGCCACUGCUCGUUCAGUUCUCUGGACUUCCAGCGCAUAGUUCUUCAUGAAAAGUACAAACAUAAUGAAUUAACAAAGCAGUAUAAAUGCCGCAAGUGUUAUAAGAACCAAAUGACUUACGUGGAGUACCGGAGCCACUUCUGCGAGCCGGAAGACGUCAAAAGAAGAGAAAUUUUGAAGAAAGAAGCUGAAGAAAACGGGGAAUUUUCUCUCUGCGAAUUCUGCGGGUUCGCUACAAAGAAGAAGAAGACUUUGCGGUACCACAUUAAAUCCUACCACACCGAGCGCAAGUUCCACUGCACACUCUGCAAGAAGAAAUUCGUCACUGAGCUAGGGUUGAAGAAACACUUGGAGAACCACGUGGACUCGGAGAGCCGCGUAGAAUUUUUAUGCGACUAUUGUCGGAGGAGUUUUAAGAUGAAGGAAAAUUUGAGGAAUCAUAUCAUGGGAGUUCAUAUGCACAUGAAGGAUUCAGUUUGCUCAAUCUGCAGCAAGUCAUUCGCCAAGAGAAACAGCCUCCGGCAGCAUCUGCUUCUCCACUCUGGCAAGCGACCUUAUAUUUGUGAUAUUUGCGGGAAAACUUUUGUCCAAAAGCCCGCGCUGACUAGUCACAGGAAAACUCAUCCGGGAAAACUCCCUCCCAUGCCUGCGGUUUUCAUUGACUCGUAUAUUAAAGAGGUUGACCCUACUAUGGUUUACCAACAUGUGCUUCCUGUUCCUAAGCUUAAGACUCAGUCUCAGAAAUUUGAAGAUUUUCAAUAG